UAAUUAUGCUUGUCGAAUAAUAAAUUUAGAAUAAAACUAGUAGAUGCAAGAAGUGCAAUCAGGAUGUUCCAAACUCCAAUUUAUAUGCACAUUAUGAGAAUUGUUAAAAGUAAAGUUUAAAUUACUAACCCAACUCCAAUGAAAUUUCUGAACAUGUCAAACCUACAGUGAUUGAUGAUCAACAGUAAUUACAUAAGCAAUCACCUAACAUAAUUCCUCAAGAGGAUAAAUUAUAAGUUGAUUAACCUUAAUAAUAAUUAGUAUCAAUAGGAUUUAGAAUGUUGAAACAAUGUGAAACAUGUCAAGAGUAUUUUCAAGUGGAAAUUUAUUAUAAUCAUCAGAAUGAAUGUUAAAAAGUGAAAUAAGCAUAAAUAUUGAAUCAAAAUUCCAUUAACAUGAGUACAUUGGUUUUCUAAAAUUCAGAAGAAAUAGGUGGAAAUUUCAAAGCUGUUGAGUAAUUUAAAGAAGAACACACAUCAGAAAUCAUUCACAGCAAUUAUAUAGUGUACAAAAAAACCAAAAUAACAAAGGAUAAAAGCACUGGAUUCACACAUUAUCAUACUACAUAUGAAAGGUAAUAGAAUAAAAUUUAGGACAAUAAAAAUCAAACUGAAUCUAAGGAAGAGACUGCCACUAAUAAUAAGAUAGCUAAUUUGAAAGAAUAAAACUCACAAAACUUAGGAAGUAAUUAAACACCCCAACCAGAUGAUGAAACAAUAUGUCCUAUUUGCAAUAAAAAGUAUGAGUUACUAGAUUAAACUAAACUUUUCGAGGAUUGCCAACAUCUAUUUCAUCUGGAUUGCAUCUAAAAAGACCUCUGUCCAAUUUGUACUGGAUAACCAUUGUAAAAACAAUGA